AUGGUUUCUACAUUAUCCUUUAUUGCAAUCCUCGUGCUUCUGGUCCAGACCAACUGUAUGGAGUGGGCUUAUGGUCACAAUGGCAACUUCCAUUACCAGGCAGGGGCAGAAUUCCUGCAACUUUCUGGAUAUCGCAUAGGACAAAGCCAUGAAGUGCUCCCCUCCCUAAAAAGAUAUCUUCAACAUUUCGGCUAUUUGGACACGGUUGCCGACACAGGAAUCUCUCGUGUUUUUGAUGAAGAUCUAGAAGCUGCCGUGAAGAAUUACCAAUUGUUCUUCAGCCUCAAUGCUACUGGUAUACUCGACACAGCAACAGUGCACCAACUAAUCCAGCCAAGAUGCGGUGUACCAGACAUUAUCAAAGAUCUAGCGCCAGCAAAAUUCCAUCGGAUUAAUGUCACCCGCAACUCAAGUUCAUCACACUACAGUCUCAGAAACAAACGUUGGCCACCAUCAAGCAUGAGACUAUUGUAUAAUAUCUCGGAGAAUGAGCACAUGCCAUUUCCUAUAGCAGAUCUGAGGCCUGUCGUCCGUGAGGCAUUCGAAACAUGGGCUUUGUACUCACCAUUCGACUUCACAGAGACUUCAAUUGACAGAAUCGCUCAGUUGCACAUCGGAUUCUACAAAAGGCAGCACUUAAAUUGUCCAAUUCCGUUUGCAGGUCCUAACGACAUGCUCGCACACGCAUUUUAUCCGCCAUCUGGGAAGCUUCACAUCAAUGCAGAUAUUAUAUGGGCGAUCAAUCCUGAGAUUUUGAGGAACACGGAAAAUUCGUACGACGUUCAAUCGGUCGCCCUUCAUGAGAUCGGCCAUCUACUGGGGUUGGGUCAUAGUACAGUUCCAGAAGCAAUCAUGUAUCCUUCCUUGGAUUCUCAAACAAGGAAGGUGGACCUGCAUGGCGAUGAUAUUGCGGGAAUCAAUGCUAUGUAUGAUGUACUAGCUGAUUGA